AUGGGUUCAACAUCAUUAUAUUUACCUGAUGAGUGUUGGGAAUUGAUCUUGAAAUUCCUCAUCAACCACGACGACAAGAAGAAAAACUACUCACCUGAAGCUACCUCUUUCAGUGGUUACUUCCAAAGGUUCCCCUACCUCCCCUCUGACAGUCACUCUAUAUCUCUCUCUGUUGUUUCCAAACAGUUUCUCUCUAUCACUAACCGUCUCCGAUUCUCUCUCACUAUCUUUAACCAUGCACACCCUUUCCCCAUUAGCCUUUUCCAUAGAUUCAACAACCUCACCUCCCUCAACCUCUCCUGCUACUACGGUGACCUCAACGAUCUUCUCUGCCAAAUCUCUCGUUUUCCAUUGAGCCUCACAUCGCUUAAUCUCUCCGGCCAACCUGAAAUUCCAGUUGAUGGGUUGCGAUCAUUCUCCAAAAAUAUUACAACUUUGACAUCUCUCUCAUGUUCACGCAUGGAUUGUAUCAAUAGCUCUGACCUCUCCCUCAUUGCUGAUUGUUUCCCUUUGCUUGAAGAACUCGACCUUAGUGACCCUGUAUGGCUCCAUUUGGCUGAUGAACGCGAGGAAUAUUGGAACUCUGUCCAUAACUUCAACAGUGGGCUAGAGACUCUCUCAUCGUCACUUUUCAAACUUCGCAAGGUAAACCUCUCCGAUCAUUACUAUAUCAACGACCAAUCCCUUUUCCAUUUGUUCAAAACCUGUAAGCUUCUCGAGGAGGCCAUCAUAUCUUUUGAGCACUUAACCAUGGCUGGUAUCGAUUCUGCUCUCCGCGAGAGUCCAAAUUUAAGGUCAUUAUCUUUUUCCAAUUUAGUUCUUUCCACACCUGCAAGAAUCGGUCACUCAUUGCUGAGUUUAAAGGGUUUGACUGGUCUUGAUUUGCUGUCUUUUAAAAUCUCUGAUGAAUUUCUCUCAUCAAUUGCAAUGGAAGGUCUUCCUUUGACGAGGCUUGUCCUAAAAAAUUGCACUGGCUAUAGUUAUGAUGGAAUAUCUAAUUUGUUAUCCAAGUGCCAACAUUUGCAACAUUUGAAUCUUCAGAAUGCUGAUUUUUUGAAUGAUCAACAUGUUGUCCAAUUGUCUUCGUUUCUUGGUAAUUUGAUGUCCAUAAAUCUCAGUCGCUGUUGUAACCUUACAAAAUCAGUCUUGUUUGCACUCGCUCAGAAUUAUCCUUCACUUAGUGAAAUCAUAAUGGAAUACACAAAUAUUAGAAAAAUAAGUGAAGAGAAUUCUAAUUCAUCAACAGAUGUGGUUGUAAGUCCUCAACUAAAGUCUCUCUGUUUGGCUUGCAAUCUAUGGUUAAGAGAAGAAAACAUCACAAUGAUUACUUCGAUUUUCCCCAAUUUAGAGUUGCUUGAUUUAAGUCAUUGCAAUAAGAUAUCUGAAGAAAGUAUUUGUCAAGUUUUACGGAGAUGUCGUAACAUUAGGUAUUUGAACUUAGCCAAUUGUUCAAGAGUGAAGUUUAUUAGAGUCAACUUUAAAGUUCCCAAGCUUGAGGUGUUGGACUUGUCAUUUACAAAGGUUGGUGAUGAAACACUUUAUUUUAUCUCGAAGAAUUGUUGUGGACUAUUGCAACUGUUUCUAAGUAAUUGUUAUGCUUUGACAAAGAAGGGAGUGGAGCACGUGGUAAAAAACUGCACACAACUCCGAGAAUUCAAUUUAAACGGUUGUGAUAAAGUGAAUGCUGAUAUUGUUGCCUUCAUGGUAUUUUCAAGGCCAUCAUUGAGAAAGAUCGAAGUUGCACAUCGUUUUCGUCCCAAUGACGAAAAGAGGGAAUACUUCUUGCGUCAUGGAUGCCUUGUUAACUAG